AUGACACUUGGAAAUGGUAAAGGUGGUCAGGGAACGGAAGGAAGAAAUGGAAUCGUUGCAUCAGUUUCCUCUGAACCCAUAUUAGACGCUUCUAAUGACCUCGAGAGGAGCUCAACCACGUCCUCUGGAACGAGUAUCAUCCCCCAUGACCCAUAUCAGUUCAGGGACAAACUGGUAUCCGAGGAAACCCUAUCCGGGCUACGGAACCGCAAACAGGGCAAGCAUGUUGCCAAAUUCCACUCCCGUCAAAACGAGUUAAUCCACUCGCUCCUCAAACCAAUGGAGCAACACACUGAAGAUGCCCAGGUGGAGGAAGAGUCGUCGCGUUUAGCUGUCAAAAUCGCGGUCUACGGGAGCUUGUACUCAAACCUUUUCCUCUGUGUUCUGCAACUGUAUGCCGCAAUUUCUUCCGGGUCUCUUUCUCUUGUGGCCACUGCAAUCGACUCUGUUUUCGAUAUUGGGAGCAACGUCCUCCUGUGGUGGCUUCAUAGGAAGGCGAGAAGACUCGACUUCAGCAAAUGGCCGGUAGGCGGUGCUCGUCUCGAGACCAUAGGCAAUGUGAUCUAUGGUUAUAGAGGCGCAUGCUCCAAUUCAGAAAACAGCAUGGCCACGGUCAACUUAGUCGUCAUCAUCGAGUCUAUCCGGACCUUGAUUCUGAAAGAGGGUGACGAUUUGAGGGAAUUCCAUCUACCCUCUAUCAUUGCAGUCUCUGUUGCCCUGGCUGUGAAACUGGCUUUGUUUGUCUUCAGUUUUUCGAUCCGCAAGCAGUCUAGCCAGGUGCAAGUGCUAUGGGAAGACCACCGAAAUGACCUCUUCGUCAAUACCUUCGGUGGGUUUCCCCGACUCCCCGUCCCCGGGAAAGUCUCUGCUCAUCUACGUCCCGGUUUCAAGAUUGGUCUCGGGAUCAUUUUCUCAUGGCUUCGAACUAUCUGGUUCCAAUUUGAGCUCUUGGCCGGAAAAUCUGCACCACAUGAGUUUAUUCAAUACCUUAUUUACCAAGCCGCAACGUUCAGUGACGACAUCAAACAAAUCGACACUGUACGAGCAUAUCAUAGUGGACCCAGCUAUUUUGUCGAAAUUGACAUUGUGAUGGAUGCUGAGACGCCUCUAUGGAAAGCACACGAUUUGAGCCAACAAUUGCAAGACAAGAUUGAAACUUUGCCCGACGUCGAACGGGCUUUCGUUCAUGUCGACCAUGAAACUAGUCACACGCCAGAACAUCGUAAAAUCAUGAAACAACCUAUCUGAAAGAUCUUAUAUUUCCAGUUUGCUUUAUCUUUUUGUUUUAUUCGAUUUUCGCAGACCCGGGUGUGAAUAAUGACCCCGCAGUGAUAUCAUUGGCUGGCAAGGUUCAAAUAGGACGACGAUAUGUAAAGUAGUAGUAUAAAGGGAAUGGAGUGUGUCAAAAGGUAA